AGUAUAAGAAAGCAGAACCUUUACUUCACAAGCUGUUCCUGGUUGAGCUAAUGACAGCCGCAACUCAGACAGCUGAGCGUCUUCCCAAGCAAAGCCGAUGCUCGAGACGGUCAACACCACUGGGAUGCAGGGCUUCAACAAGUCUGAGCGGUGCCCCAGGGACACUCGGAUGACACAGCUGCUGUUCCCAGUGCUCUAUACUGUGGUUUUCGUGGCCGGCAUCCUGCUGAACACCGUGGCCCUCUGGGUGUUCGUCCGCAUCCCCAGCAACUCCACCUUUAUCAUCUACCUCAAAAACACUCUGGUGGCAGACUUGAUAAUGACUCUGAUGCUUCCUUUCAAAAUCCUUUCUGACUCGCACCUUGCGCCCUGGCAGCUCAGAGGUUUCGUGUGCACUUUCUCCUCUGUGGUCUUCUAUGAGACGAUGUAUGUGGGUAUCAUGAUGCUGGGCCUCAUCGCCUUUGACAGAUUCCUCAAGAUCAUCAUACCGUUUAGAAAAACCUUUGUGAAAAGGACUGCUUUCGCGAAGAUAGUCUCCAUCUCUAUCUGGUCCCUGAUGUUCUUCCUCUCCCUGCCAAACAUGAUCUUGAACAAGGAGGCAACGCCACCAUCCGUGAAGAAGUGUGCAUCCUUAAAGACUCCCCUGGGGCUACAGUGGCAUCGAGUCGUCAGUCACACGUGCCAGUUCAUUUUCUGGACUGUGUUUAUCCUGAUGCUUCUGUUUUAUGUGGUGAUUGCCAAAAAGGUAUACAACUCCUAUAGGAGGUUUAAAAGUAAGGACAGCAAGCACAAACGGCUGGAGGUGAAGGUAUUUAUCGUCAUGGCUGUCUUCUUUGUCUGCUUUGCCCCAUUUCAUUUUGUCAGAGUACCGUACACAUACAGUCAAACCACCAAUAAGACUGACUGUAGGUUAGAAAACCAGCUGUUUAUUGCUAAAGAAGCAACUCUCUUCCUGGCAACAACUAACAUUUGCAUGGACCCCUUAAUAUACAUAAUUUUAUGUAAGAAGUUCACACAAAAGAUCCCAUGUAUGAGAGGGAUAAGGUCAGCAGCACCAAGCGAAGACCACCACAGUACUCAGACAGACAACAUCACCCUAGCCUGACCGCUUUGUCCCACAGGUUAGUUUCACCCAUGGGCUCACAUCUAUUUAUGGGACUUCAAAAGAUCAUUUAUGUGGAGACUUCACUGAAGCAUUACAGGAAAAAGGAGGGGAACAGACAGUUCCCUGCAUUUUAUUAUCCUAGUGUACAGAAAAGAUUAUGCUCAUUUUAACCACAUAGAUGUAUAUGAACGGGAUGAAUUAACAUUAAGAGAAUGUGUAAUAAAGCAAAUGGCCACUAGAUGUCACCUUCUCGAGAGCAUUCAGGUAAUAUGGAAAAGGAUAAUGGGAAACAGGUUUGCCUGAAAAAGCUCCCUUCUUCAAGUUUCUCUCCAUUUAGUUUGAUGUUGGCUACCGGUUUGCUGUAUAUUGCUUUAAUUAUGUUUAGGUAUGGGCCUUGAAUUCCUGUUCUUUCCAAGACUUUUAGCAUGAAAGGAUACUGAAUUUUGUCAAAUGCUUUUUUAGCAUCUAAUUAAAUGAUCAUGUGGGUUUUUUUCCUUUGAGUUUGUUUAUGUAGUGGAUUGCACUGAUGGAUUUCCUUAUAUUGAACCAUCCCUGCAUCCCUGGGAUGAAGCCUACUUGAUCAUGGUGGAUGAUUGUUUUGAUGUGUUCUUGGAUUCGGUUGGCAAGAAUUUUAUUUAGUAUUUUUGCAUCGAUAUUCAUAAGGGAAAUUGGCCUGAAGUUCUCUUUCUCAUGCUACAUUAUGUUUAUAGCAGCCUUAUUUAUAAUAGCCAGAAGCUGGAAAGAACUCAGAUGUCCCUCAAUGGAGGAAUGGAUACAGAAAAUGUGGCAUAUUUACACAAUGGAAUACUACUCAGCAAUUAAAAACAAUGAAUUCGUGAAAUUUUUAGGCAAAUGGUUGGAACUAGAAAAUAUCAUCCUAAGUGAGGUAACCCAAUCACAAAAGAAUACACAUGGAAUGCAAUCACUGAUAAGUGGAUAUUAAUUAGCCCUAAAGCUCUGAACACCCAAGACACAAUUAGCUCAACAAAUUUCUCCCAUGAAGAAAUAAAGAGAGGGCCCUGAUCCUGGAAAGGCUUGAUCCAGCAUUGUAGGGGAGUACCAGGACAGAGAAAAAGGAGGGAGGUGAUUGGAGAAUGGAUGGAGAGAAGAAGGCUUAUGGAACAUAUGGGGAGUGUGGGAACCGGGAAAGGGGAAAUCAUUUGGAAUGUAAUCAAAGAAUAUAGAAAAAGAAAAGAAAAUCUUACCAUUUUUCCUUUUAUUGAAAAAAAAACAAAAACAAAAAAAAACCCUUUCUUCUAAUGACCAUCCCACAUUCUCUCACACACAUAAUCACACUAGGUUUUACAGCCUUCUGAAUGCUGAUACUUGUAGAGAUAAACCAAGAAACUUGCAUAUCCAGUGAAAGAGAUGCACUCUGAGAAACCAAAGUGGGUCAAAAUAUCCCCAGGAAUCUCAAAAGAUUUUCUCCUUACAAGCGCAAAGGGUUGCUCCUACAUCUAACCAGAGCACCAGAAGAGAGGCACAUGGGACAGGCAAAGCCAGUUCACAGUCACCACGUGCAAUCUGAGAGCGGGGAGGUGGUGUCAGUCAGCCAAACCUUCCUGGGCAACAGCAACUGCACCCUGGUAGAAAAUAAUUCUUUCCCUCACUGUUUCUCUAUAUAUUAGAGUCCUUGUGACUCAUUGUCUUAUAUUAGUUGCUUUGAUUCUUGACCACAUUUAAAAUCAGGGUUCCUAAAAAGACAGCUAAAUCACACAUUUUUAUUAUCUUCCAAAGUUUUC